UUCCUUUCUCAUGUAAUGACACAAGGGAAUUUUUAUGAGUUAUUCCCAUCGCCAUUCUCCCCAUAAAAGCCUAGCCUCGCUCAUGUCUCUCCUUGUCCUAAAAUCUUGUACUUCUCCUCAGUCUAUUUGAUCUUUGUUUCUCUCCCCUGAACCGAUCAUGGAAGACACAGAUGAGGAUGAGCUUUUGAACCUCAGCCUGUCGAUUGUUACCGAUCCUGGUGGGGAAAGGAACAGAAAGAGGAAGACAAAGGAUAUUUCCAAGCCUUUUAACCCAUCAUAUGAAGGUUGUGAAGGGAAGAUAUUUAGGCUUCUUCAAGUGAGGGAAGAGAUGCUAAAGGUAGACCAUAAGAGGAAAAAAAUGGUUGAAGAUGGGAAAGGCCUCCAUUUGAUCCACUUGCUGCUCAUAACUGCUACUUCAGUCGAUGAGAAUAAUGUGAACUCAGCCUUGGAGAAUCUCACCGAACUGUAUCAAAGUGUGUCCUUAAUAGGAGACUCCGUGCAACGAGUCGUCGCUUAUUUUGCCGAUGGCUUGGCCGCAAGGCUUCUCACCCAAAAAUCUCCUUUCUACGACAUGGUCAUGAAGGAACCUACUAAUGAAGAACAGUUUUUGGCUUUCACUUGUCUUUAUAGGGUGUCGCCUUAUUACCAGUUUGCUCAUUUCACUGCUAACCAAGCUAUAAUCGAAGCCUUUGAGAAAGAGGAUGAGAUCAAUAAUCGAGCCUUGCAUGUUAUUGACUUUGAUGUCUGUUAUGGGUUUCAAUGGCCUUCCCUCAUACAAUCUCUCUCCGAAAAGGCAUCAAGUGGCAAUCGAGUAUCCCUCCGUCUUACUGGGUAUGGAAGAAGCUCAGAAGAAUUGCAAGAAACUGAGACUAGAUUAGUGAGCUUCGCCGGAGGGUGUCGGAAUCUGGUCUUCGAAUUUCAAGGGUUGUUGAGAGGCUCUAAGCUGGUUAACCUAAGGAAAAAGAAAAAUGAAACAGUUGUUGUGAAUCUAGUUUUUCAUUUGAAUACUUUGAAUAACUUUCUGAAAAUAUCUGACACACUGAAAUCUGUACAUUCACUUAGGCCUUCCAUUGUUAUCUUAGUGGAACAAGAAGGUAGCCGAAGCCCAAGAAGCUUCUUAUCGAGAUUUAUGGAAUCUUUACAUUAUUUUGCAGCCAUGUUUGAUUCAUUGGAUGAUUGCCUGCCACUAGAGAGUGCUGAGAGGUUAAGCAUUGAGAAAAACCAUCUUGGGAAAGAGAUCAAAAGCAUAAUUAACUGUGACAAGGAUGAGGACAACAAGUUUCCAAGGUAUGCAAAGAUGGAAACAUGGAAAGGAAGAAUGGAGAGUCAUGGAUUUGAAGGGAUGAAAAUGAGUUCCAAGUCCUUGAUACAGGCAAAACUUCUACUGAAAAUUAGGACCCAUUAUUGCCCUCUUCAAUGUGAAGGAGAGAGUGGUGGGUUUAGAGUUUUCGAAAGAGAUGAUGGAAAGUCUCUUUCUUUAGGGUGGCAAGAUAGGUGCUUGCUCACGGCCUCUGCAUGGCAAUGUGUAUGAUAGCUAUUACUCUUUUCUAACACAUUCAUAUCAUUCUUGUAACUUUGUUCAAAUAAUGGA